AUGUUGGUCGCUAAUAUUGCUAACUCUAAUCCUUCUAAUUCAACUGAAAUUUUGGGUACCUCAGGUUUCCAAUACAAAUCUAGAUGGAGAAACAAAAUUGCAGAAUAUAAGUUUGGUGAGAACGAUUCCGAUACAGAUGAUAAUAUAGAUGAAGUAAGAAGACAACUUAAGCUUGAUAAGAAUAAGCGAAGACCCUUAGCAGUAAUCUGUCAAUACAAUUUAGCAGGAAAUGCCUAUUUAGAGAAAGAGGGAGUUAGUAGGGACUCCCAAAGUUAUAUUACUACUGAAGUUUUAGCCAAUAAACAGACUAAAAAAAUUAAAGAUAUAUUUAAUUAUUACUAUAGGAAAAAUCUGAAACAAAAAAAUACCUAUUUAAUUGAAGCUUUUAAUGAAGAUAAUAAGAAUCAGCUUUAUGUGCUGCUUAAUAAGAAGACUAAAUUAUUUCCAGAGGCAUGUGCCUUAGAAAAGGUUAAUGCUGAAAGUGCUGCUAUUUUCAUAUUAGAGGAUAUAAUUUUCCAACAUAGAAGCACUAGAGAAAUAUUGUCAGACCAAGAAAUAUACUCCUGCAACACCUUGUUUGGAAAAGAUUGGGACAAAUAUAUUGCUCUGGCUCUUUUUGCUUAUCGUACUACUGUCCACAGUGUUAUGGGGUACACACCCUUUUACCUAUUAUAUGGACGAGAGUUUAUUUUUCCAAUUGAGACAAAUUUUAUAACCUAUCAAACUAGGCCUGGAACUGAGGAAGAAUUACAAGAGCAAAUAUAUCGUCGACUAGAAAAUUUAUUGGUUACUAAAGCAUGA